UUGCAGCUUUAUGUAAAUAUGAAUCAUGUGAAGAGAGUUCAUGGAAUGUUCCACAGAUCUAUUACAACAACAGCACUGUGUUUGAAGAAACCACAAGUGGCAGCUUUGGCUAGGAAAGCACCCCGAACUUGUGAUCCUGAUUUCACUAGAUGCAGAGGGGCAUCUCCUUUAGAAGGGGAAGAAGAUCCAAUCCUAGGACCUGAUGAAGAUUAUCCAGAUUGGUUGUGGGAAAUUGCUGAUACCUACAACAUGCCCAUUGACGAGCAUCUUCAGAAGCCAGAUCAUAAUCUGUUUACCAAGAUAAAUGACUUUAGAAUGAACAUGAACAACAGGGUCAUGAAGCUGAGACACAAACACCCAGACUUAUACAGUCAGUUGAAGUUCCCAACGGAGGAGGAAAUUAUUGACGAGAUAAGAGAAGUGGAAGCAAGACGGAGGCCAAAUCUGGCAGAAGGCCAGGCUUUUGCUUUGGAUUUGAGGGAAAAAGCUGCAACUGAGAUUGGAGGCAGUAAGGGUGGCUUGAAACCAGAGCGCAUGGAAGAGGAUGCAUUGAAUUAGAUCUCUGGAAAAGAAGAAAGUGUGAGCAAUAAUACUGUAGAUAAUGCAGUGAGUAACAAGAUUUUCCAGUGCAAUAGAAGAAUGGAACAACAGAAACUUGCGAUUAUUAAAGUUUAAAGAAAUAGAAACAUCUCAGAAUAUAAUAUCUAUGUACCUAAAUAUAAGGAUUUAGGACUUUCUAUAUAUCCACUAACUAUACUUGUACUUCAUAGAUCAUUAAUUUAUUAUUUAUGACAUGAUGGUAUAUUUAUUGCUCUAUAGUCGAUACUACAGUAUACAAACUAUACAUAUUGAAGUUUUAUUCAGUAU